UGGCAACGACGCCCAGCGCCCAGGCCCUCAAGAUGGCGGCGGCGGCGGGUCCCUGCGCGGGCCGGGGGGGCGGAGGGGGCCGGCGGGGGGGCUCCGCUCUCCUGGCCCCCGCCCCGCCCGAGGGGGGCCCCGCCGGAGUCCCCGCCGCCCUCCUGGCCAAGGAGCGCGAGUACAAGCGCCUCAACGCCGAGCUGGAGGCCAAGACCGCGGCGCUGGUGCGGCAGGCGGAGCAGGCAGUGAGAGAGCAGCACGAGAGGCUGUCCCGGCCCCCCUCCGCCCACCCGGACCGCCGCCUGGACGAGGACCCCGCCUGCUCGAGAGACCUGCGUUCCCCCGAACCACCGACUCUUCCUCACGCCCACAAGCCAGCAAACAAGAAACCUGGCUCUGCUGCUGCAGCUCGGCCGAGGACCCAGUCUGGCAAGAAGCGGGGCGCAACUGUAUCGAGCGCCAAGUCAGGGUCCCGCGCUGUCCCGAGUGCAGCUGCUGACGUAGCGGUGCCAGACUUCUCUCUGGCAAAGACCAUUGGCAAGAUCGAGGCGCAGCUGGAAGAAGGAGGGGGGUCCUGGCCAGAACUCGGAGAGGACCCCCUGCUCAGUCCAGGGAGUGAAAUUGGAACAGAGGCCCAGAUCCGGUUUCUGAAGGCAAAACUGCGCGUGAUGCAAGAGGAGCUGGAUAGUCUCGCACGGGAGUGCAGCCAAAAGGACGAUGAGUCCCGGGAUUUAACCCUCCGGCUGAAGGAGGCUGAAGAAGCCCACAAGAAGCUGCAGCGAACGUCCGGCACCCAGCAGGCUCAGCUGGACAAGUACAAGCAGCUGGCGGAGGAAGCCAACCGGAGGGCGGAAGGCCUGCAGCAGCAGCUCUCUGGUCUGGAGAAGGAGUUGGAGACGCUCAAGCGGGCACAGAAGCAGGCCUCCGCCAGCCAGGGCACCAUGGAAGUGCGCCUGAACCGGGCCCUGGAGGAAGCAGAGAGAGCCAAACUGGAGGUGACCAAGAUGAAAGAAAGCAGCAAGCAUCUAGUCAACCAAGAACACCAAAAGCUGGAAGAACUGAGGGUGGAAAAGAAGAGGCUCGAGAAACAAAAGGGAGAACUGAUGUCUGCUUUCACGAAACAGUUGAAAUUAAUCGACGUUUUGAAGAGGCAAAAGAUGCACAUCGAAGCUGCGAAGAUGCUGUCGUUCACUGAAGAGGAGUUCAUGAAAGCUCUUGAAUGGGGGAAUUCCUAACCCACCCCAAGCAUGGACUGGAGGACACGUGUGUGUGUGUAGUGUGUGUGGCGUUUCUGAGCAAACACCCCUUUGGGGGAAUCAAUUAAAUGUCUGGUUUUCUAGAAAA